GUACGCAAUAUGAUGUCACUCAGAUGUUCAUAAUUGAGUCCAAGAGGUUGGCGGGCACGAACUUUGCAGAAGUGUUCCGGAAAUUUGGUCAAUAAUGAUUGCCAAACUGUUUCUCUUUUGGCUAUCUUUAGCGAAGUUUUCAUUCGAGCAGCUAUUUACCCAUUUCGAUCUGUACGAUGCGGUACAUAUUUUGCUUCUAGGGGCGAUCGGCGUGUGUUUGAAAAUAUUUGAACGACAGCAAUGGAUCGGAUCCAAAAAGGUUCGAUCAAGCAUGCGAUCUCCCACUUCUCCCGGUACUAAGAAGCGUGGUUCGGUGUCGUUUGCUGCCGGAACAAAGUUUUAUCCGAUCCAAAGUUACACUCCGGUAGGUUUUUCAUUGUUUGGUUAUACAGACAAGAGGUUAGCGAUCAAUAACCCUGAGGCAUUAACUUUCAUCGAGGACAUAACACCAGCGAGGGGUUGAUCUCCUCGUACGUAAACGCUUGUAUUCAAGCAGCUGUGAAGUGCAGUCUUUCCAAACUUCUCCCCGUUGUCUACUGUAUUUUACAACGAGAUUUGUAAACAUUCUUUUCUUUCAUAUUAUAGGUAAACUGGACACUUUUAAGGAACGUGAGUGCUAUGUCAGAAACUUGGAAAGCGCAGCGUUCUUCGUUAAAAAUCUCGCUCACCACAGAUGAUGGAGAAGAAGUGUCAGAAAGCGAGGGCAAAGGAAGGUACGAAAGCUUAAUAUUUUGUCUUCUCUGUAAAACGACCAAAUGCCUUAUCAUUUUGUUUAGACAUCUAGAUCGGUAACUUUUGAUAAACCUUUAUCAUAGUGUUUAAAGGGAAAGGAGGACGCUAGUUCUCUGUUUUUUUUUUUUGCUGAUCUUUAGCGUUAAGAAUCAGCUGCACUAAAGCUUUGGUAAGGCGGAUAAUUGCCUUAGAUCGAUAUGAACACAUUGUGGAUUUGUUUACUCACUGUCAGCGAUAGUUUUCCAAUUUUUACGUGAACAAUACCGCUGAACUAGCCAAGUUAACUGACCAAUUCCUGAAUUUUCGAGUAGCGAAGAAAUUUUAAAAAUCGACAGGGCCCACCUCCAAUCAAAAUUGCGCGCGGUUUUGUUCCUGGCACGAAAAAAACGCUUUCAUGUGCUCAGCUAGCUGGAAAAAAAAUCAUGCUGCGGCCGGAAAAUGGAUAUCAGACGGCUAUUUUAUAGUCUGUUGAGCGUAACCAGGACUCAAAUAUGUUAUUGGAAAGAUUUCUUAAGAGAAAUGUCGCGACUGUCAUAUUUUCUUUCAUGUUGUUUUCGCUAAACAUGCUACAAAAGAACUAAAAUUUUAACCAUCUACUGUAUCUGCGCUUUCUUUAGGAAAGUUUGGAUCGUAGAAACAUUGUUGUCGAAAAAGCUUGUGUCUCGAAGGAAGCAGGUGUUGUGUGUCUCUGUCAAGGUUAUUCGAUUCGUUGAUUGCUUCUCACGUUACUCCUUUCUGGAUUGAAUGCAAUUGGUUUCAUAAUAGUUUUCUGGCUCCCGCUAGUGACCGAUGUGUGAGCUUAAAAUAAUUUUAUUUCUCAUUCAAAUUAUACACAGCGCAGGUAACUGUAAUUAUGUCGAUGAAGUGUGGUUUUGUGACUUUGUUCAGUCCUUUAUUUUAAUUUAUGCCGAGAGCUGAAGCCUGCAAAUUGGUCAACAAUAGAUGUUUUAUUCUUUGAAGUUAAAUUGCCCUUUUAGCGAUAACCUUUCAAAGUUCGAUCGUUGUGUAUUUCUGAAUGGAUUUCCACUUUCUCGAGGUCAAGAAGUUUACGGUUGAAUUAAAUGUGGAUUGCUAGGUUUUGUUAUAUUAGGGCGAAGAGUUUUGGGUCAAUAAUUAGCUUUCUGCUAAUUUUCGAAAAUAAAUGGGGUGGCACACUACAAAUUGAUUAUUUUUAAACGUGAUAAAUGCACAAUGAUGAAUGUGUUAAUUUUGCAUUGAAUCAUAUCUACCUCGCUGCAAAGCUUAUCAUUAGAAUAAAUUUGGUUUUUUUAAACUUUAUUUUGUUGUCAUCAUUUUAAAAGUCAAAAUGUGAGGACAAAGAUCUCGUAAUGAAAACUUUUUCAACAUGGCGUCGUAUUUACUAUUCUUCGCACUGCAAAUUUAUUAAGAAUGUUUCUACAAAUUUAUUAUCAUCAUUUUUAAAAUUAAUGUGUAGUCAAAAUUUGUGAGGACAAAUGAUUUGUUCUUCGUAAUGAAUGUGUAAAUCCAUACCCCCCACGGAGGGUUGUUUACAGUUUUUCAACAUGGCGUCCCUAGGAAAUUCCAAAUCCAUUUAAAUAAAAUUUAGCUAUUUCUUCGCACUGGAACAUUAUUUAUGGAGAUAUUCAUUGCUGGAUUUUUUAAAAAUGACCGUGGAAAUUUCUAGACGUAUGAAUACACGAUUUUGAAAUGUUCAAACUGUUUCACUAUAGUUCUGGCAGCUGACCUUUCGUCUGCUUAAUUGACAAAUUUCAUUAAAAAUCUAAGAAAGUACGGUAUCAACUGCUUUAAAAGUUUUGUAAUUUAUGUGUAGUUUAAACACGAAAUGACUAUAAUAUUACAUCAUUCUUGUUUUGCUGUCAAAGCAAAACUCAGGAAUUGAAGAUAAUUGUAUCUCGAAAAUUUUAUCCACAUGUGGUAUAAUGUAACAGUUUUUGUUGUUUUCCUGUGACCGUGAGUUAAAUCCGUCACGCAACAUGUUUUUUAAAAACUUUUCGUCUUUCUUCAAUAAAGUUGUACGCUUUAUCUCUGUAGUUUGUAAAUGAUAGUAAAUUUCACGCCUUAAUUUUUUUUAACAAUUUCAUGUGAAUAGUUCAUUCCGUAAACAACGAAAUGAAAUCUUCGCCGUCUCUCAUCGCUGUUCACGGUUACAAAAAAAAUUAUGCUUAAAACAAAUGGUGUCUAUAAAUAUUGUUAAUAACUUUUCUUGGUUCAUUUAAUUAUGUGGAACGAUUUUAUUUGCAUUAUUCCACAUGUAUGAAAUCUUACCUGAUUGCUUACUAAUAGCAGGCAAAUAAACAUUAUUGGUUUUUUGAUAAUAAUUUUUUUCCUUGUAGCAAUAUAAGUAUUGCAGGAUUUCUCUGUAACAUUGUUUAGUGUGUUUUUCAGUUUAAGGAAUGAUCAGUUGCACGUACCUUUAAAUACAAGUAUUGUACAUACAUUUGGAUUAUCCCAUUGGCUUUUUUUGUAAUAAAUUAAAAUGAUUAUCAUGAUACCGGACACUUGACUGAAAGGAACUUCAAAAAAUUACCACAAAGUUGCAAUGCCGACUUGACUUUCAACCAAUGAAGCGAACCCAACUUUCGCUUUUGAAAACAAGCCAGGAAAUGUUUUUAUUCCAACAUUUGAGAAAUGAAAGGUUCAAGCACACCAGAAUGGAACAAAUCCCUGUUUCUUAUCCAAAAACCUGAUAGAGAAAAAGAACCUAUUCACACUUGAUCAUAGUUUACAAAAUGUACAAACAUUUGCAUAUUUCAUACCAAGAGUAUUGACUUUCUAAUGUGAAAAAUGUGUAUAAAUAUUUCAUAUAGGAGUCUAAUUGAAUUAGUGGACGUUUUCAACACAAAUUUGUAGGCGAUUUGCCUUCCUUGCAACACUUGUGCAGAGAUCUUUUUUCAUGGGUUAAAUAAACCCAACAAAUUUGACAGCUCCCACUGUAUAAGUGUUUAUAACUCAGCUGGUAGAGCACUGAGCGCUAACACAGAGGCCUACAAUAGUUUCGAAUCCUUUUGAAGCCCUAAAAUUUUUUGUUGGGUUAAUUUGCAAUGGCUUAAAUUGUUGAUUACAACUACAAUGAUCAUAUCCUCAUUCAACACUUUAAGCCCCAAAAGAUCCACAUGCAAAUUCUCCACACUUAUCUCCAUACAUUUCUUCUAAGAAUAGUUGAGAGAAUUUGGUUUGAGAUCAAAGCACUCUCCCUUUGGUAAUCAAUUGAGUAAUUCUCAUAACCUUUAUUCUUGUUGAUAAGCGGAUGUUGUCAGGAGAAAAUUGAUAUUAGUCACUCUUGGGACCUAAAGGGUUAAAGUUCACCUUGUUGAAUGUUGUGGUACAUGUUACAAAGGCAGCAGAUUAAACAGUUGGGUCAGUCACUAAGACCUAUAAUGUAAAUUCUUUGUAAUUGUAUCAUUGUAAUUGUAUAACAACAAAACAAUACAUGGGGAAAACCAAUUUAAUAUACUCUGGACUUUGAACAUUUUUUGGAAGUGCAUUGAAUGAUGUUGUGGGUUGUAUCCCUACUACAGAUUACAACCAUUGGCUACAUGUAGGACUGCUGUUCCCAGUGAUUGUGCCAAGUCUCUGUUAAUGUGUGGACCCUUAUUUCUCCAAAUCUAAUAUUCACAUUUUUAAGUCAACAAGAUCCAUUAAAUGGAUCUUGUCUUGUUUCUCAUUUCAUUAUUCCUUCCUUUACUUAAUAGCGUGAGAACACAGCUGACAUUUUCAUGACACCACCAUUAGUUCCCUCGCGAAAUGACGUGUGGGAAAGAGCGCCGAAAUUCCAUACGACAAUGCGGUAUUUUUAAUGCUGUACUCUAAGAUAAAUUGAAGGGAGCCCAUUGCUCUGAACCUGUGAAAUCUAGGGUGCCCAGCAUAUGGUUUGUAUGGAAAAAAUAAGAUUUCCUUGUCACCCAAGAGCAAAAGUUCCAUGUGUGCUGUAGUCGCCAUGGGUCACUGGGCACCAUUAGUCGUCUAGGGGGGUCCUCCGGAUUUUAGAUGAUAGGGAUGAUCAAAUGGGGGCAAAAAUCAAAACCCAAAAAAAUCCCUGGACCAAAAUUUAACCCCCCCCCCCCCCCCCCCAAAAAAAGUCCCAUGCCGAAUUUCCUAGCCGUAAAAACUUCCAGAAAACAUUAUGAUGUAACAAAGAAAAAAAUGCAAACAUUAGUUUUGAGUACCCAAAAAAAAUCCAUACUUAAAUCAAGCGACCCCAAAAAAAUCCUUCGAUCACCCCUGUCAUGUGCAAUCCAAAGUACCCCCCUGAGGUUAGUCAAUCAUCACAACUUGAUUUUUAUGUGUAAAAAGCCAGGUCAGUGUUUUGCAGAGGGGUACAGACAAAUCCCUGAUUGUACCAUCAAGUUCAAAUUAAUUCUGAAAAAGUGGUAAUUAUGUUCAAUUUUAUUUACUGAAAUUGCACCUAGACAGAAAACAACAGCAACAACAAUCACAAAUUAGCAAAAAAAUUCUCUACAUUUGUGACUUCUUCACUUAUGUCUUAUCUCACUGUGCUCUCAGCAAAAUAAUUGUUAUUGUUAUAUUUUUUGACUAAUGUGGAGUAGUUUGUCAUGUUCUUAAUGAAAUUAAUACUACAGUACCAAGUUGAUGGAACUUUAAAUAACAUUGUUAUUUAUUCAUUUAUUUAUUUCGGCACCUUAUUAGGACAUAGUUAAUAAAUCACAGGAAUCUGUUAGAAUAAUGGCAAGAAAGUCCAAAGAAACCAUGAAGCUUAUACAAUGCGGGCUUUCCCUAUUAAUUUACGUACAAAAGAUAAACUUUAAAUAUUAAUUUAACUGAAUGGCGAAGGCAGAGUAACAAUAAUACGAAGAAAUAAGGUAUAAAAAAAAAAAGAUAAAAAUGAAAAAUAGAUUAAUAAACAAAGUCAAAACACAAAGCUGACAAAAGGGGAUUGAGGGAAAGGAACAAGUUAAGUAAGAAGGUGUUUCCUCAGUUUUUUCUUUAAAGUUGAUAUGGGAAAGUCUUAUGCUUUUUUUAUUAUAAAAGGUAAAAGUAGAUGUUUUUUCACUUGUUUUACUUUCUUCUGGAUUAAGAAGUUAACUUAAAAAUAACAUUUAUUAUUCAAAGUUGAUGAAAGUUGUGAGUACACUUUUCAGCAAUGUAGUGUAUAAUUAUUAUCAUGAAAUCUCUUCCUACAGCGUGUGCUUUGUUAAGCACAAUAUCAUAAAGCCUGCGAAAAAUAAUCAAUGCUGUAACCAUUCUAACACACAAAAAGCAUUAUUUUAAUCUUACUGAAAAGUUUAUUUACCAAACAUGUGGUUUUCUUUAUUUUGCUACACUGUAUUUUGUCAGUCUUGUAUCAACUAAUAGUGUUUUCUUUUAUCGUUUAAAAAAAGUUGUUGAGCUAGGUCAGAUUGUGUUUUCUUUUCUUUUGUUUUCCGUUUUCUUUUUUUAGACCUUUUUGUUUUGUUUUUGUUUUGUUUUGUUUUUUAUUUUUCUAAAUAUGAGCUUUAGGAGUGAGCAGUUAUGUUAUAUUGCCCGUACAUUUAAUCUGUUUGUUUUUCUGCACAUAACAUGUUUUCCAUGUUUUGUUAUUGUAAUAUACACACAUGCACUUGUCCUGUGGGGAUUCAAAGUACUUUUAAAACAAUAGCCUUUGUGUUUUUCACUUGUGUUCAUGUAUCUUAGCAUUUGGCAGUUGUUAAUUGCAGUGCCAUAUUACUGGUGGACAGAGAAUGUUGUCAGUUUCUCCUGUAUUAUUCUGUGUGUUAAAAGUGAUUAACUGGAUAGUAAAGGACAGAAGUAACGCUUAAAAUGUCAUGAAACCUCAUGGAUGUCUUAAAACCUGAGCAAGGGUCUUGUAUUUUUAAUUCAUUGAGAAUUAAUAAUCAUUAAUUGGUUAUCCAUUGAUAACUUGAAGCUUGCUUAAGAAUCUCUAAUGCUCUGAAGCAAUUUACACUUGCCUGAAUGUAAACAACAAAGCUUUUGUGGACAUCAGAUUUGCAUACCAGCUAAGCUACGUUUUUUUAACCUUGAACAUACUUCUGGUUGUCAACACUCGUUGUUCUUGAAUUUUCUGCUGACAAAAGAGUUAAUGAUCCAGGUAAUUGUCAAUGUGGUUUUCAAAGCCAGUGAAAAGGAAUAAAAUUAGGUUUGAGCAUUCCAGUCAAAACUUAUUCAGUUUCUAUGGUACAAAAUUCAUAAAUAAUGCAUAUGCUGGUGUUUGUACCUUCUAUAUUCAUUUCAAGGUUGUUUGAUUGUUCUGUGCGGCCGCUAGAUGUUGGAAAAUUGAUGGUUUAGUGGAAGCUACAUGUACAUGUAGCACUCAUUCCAAAGCAUCAUCUCUGUUUUCAUUUGAAAGGCAUUGUACAUUUUCCUUGUGUCUUCAUGACUGUCUUAUGUGUAAUUUAUUCAAGAGAAAGAGCUACCUGCAUUAUUUCUGUAAUAACUCUGGUAAUUAUUGUCUCAAUAAACUUCCCAUUCACAGAUAUAUAUACAUAUUUUUUUUCCAAACUCAUGAAAUUCUAAACUGCUGGGAAGAUGAAGAAAACAGACUGAGUUAGCUUGUAAAAUUUGCCUUUAAAGAAGGAAAAGCCAUUAAACAUUUUUGACAUAAUAUUAAUAAUAAUGCGGCUUUAUUAUGCAGGUCUACUACCGUCGUUCUCAAACACAGCUGCCAUUUUCAAUAACAAUAGGCCUACUUCCAUAUAUGGAAGAGCACUGUGUCUGCUUGAAGUAUAAUCCUACUGUAAGGAAAAUAUUCAGCCAAAAAUCAGAAGAAGAAUGACUAUUAUAUGCUGCUACUUAGUUCUAUAAUUUGAACAAUAUUAGAAGGAAGGUUGGAAGACAACAUGUUGAAUGGAAAUUCAACAGGAACAAAAAAUGAGAGGGAAAUUCAGCAAAGUUACCACCUGGCCUAAUGCUAAUAGAAUACAUAAGUAUGGGGGCCGUUGGUUCGAAGAAACAGACCUCCACAUGGUAUUUACAAGUUUCUAUUCCAUUUUUUCCACUUCUGUUGCCUUCUCUACCCAUUAAUCUGUGUUUAGUAGGUUAUUUCAGCUCUUAAAAUUUCUUAUCUGCCGGAAGAUAACCUGUGUUGUACAUAAAAUUGGCGCUGAUUGCCACAAGGAUGCAUGUGUUUUGAGCUUGUUAUUUUGUGCUAAACAUGGCUGACAUUUUGAGUGAAUGUACAAAUUUUAAUUUUAGUGCAACAUCUGGCUGUUUGUAACUACCAGACCAUGUUUCAUCCUCUAAAGCUUAAUUUUUUUGUCACUAAUCAAAACAAGUCAUGUGUGAAGUACAAGUAGAUUUCUCAAGAAAUGGUUCAAUGUGUAAUAUUAUGUUAAAUUGGAUGCAUGUUCAAGCCAAAGAUUACAUACUUCACUCAAGACAGCUUAAUAAUUUUGCAAUUUUGGCUGACCACAAACUGAAAUUCCUUGGGUAGGAAAAGGUUGUACUUGUCAAAUUGUACUCCUUGUUUAAGAUAUCCACAUAAAGGUUCAGGAGCAGGUGAUGCUAGAUUUUACAUUAAUUUUAUGUUGCAAAUCUUGUGUUUCUGAAUAUGUAAACUACAUCAUAUAUACAUUGGAUUUAGUAAGGCUUGAUUUUCAUGCAAAAAAACUGUAUUUACAAUUUCUGCUUGUGAAGCAAAGCACUUUUUACACAUCAAAAUACAGUAACUUUCAAUGGUUCCGCUCAGUGAACACAGGGAUAAUACGUGUAGUUGCUGUACUCCUAGACUUAUCAGACGUGUUUUAGAAUUGUACUAAUUUGCAUUUUUUGUCAGAUAUACCUCUGUGUUGUAUUUAUCUUGAUGCUGAUAUAAAGUUAGGGCCCAGCUGGAACACAUUUCCUUUAUUUUUUCUCCCUCAAAUUAUGAGUUAAAUUUUCAUCAGGUCAACAUGUGUAUUUUUUUGCGUAUUUUGUGUAUAGAAGUGUACAUUCAAGGAAUAUUUUUGUGAAGGUUAAAUGUUAUUGUCUGAAAUUUAAUACCAAAGACAUGAAAAGCAUUUCAUUUAAACAGAGAGCAUUCUAUCAAUCCCUUGGCCAUCCUAGUGUUUAGUGACAUUGAAAAAUGGGAUAUACCUGUAGGAAGCUAUUUCAGCCUGACUGGGGUAGUUUUUAGCUUUGUAAAUCAAUUGUUGUAGCUAAACCACAUAACAGAUUUGAAACAUCAUCAUUUUGCUGAUUGAUGAAGCACUUUACUUAGAAUAAACACACAUAAAAAUCUGUUUUAAUCAUCCUUUUUUGUGUUUAUUUACAUAUACUCAGGGAAAAAUCCUGAAGUUUACAUCAAAGGUUGAAACAUUACAGUAGCAGACAGCCAUAAAAUACCAAUAUAAACCAUUGAAUAGAUACAUGUAGUUGUUACACAAAGCAGUGAUCUAAGCACCUAUAAUGACUUCAAUGUUAAAACCACCUUGUUCAGCAUAAUAAUUUACAGUUGUAUAUACAUGUAUAGAGCCCAUGUCAGAGUAGUCUUGUUCAGUGUCUUUAAUUUGAAUGGUCAGAUUUCAUCUGCAAACUCAAAAAGUUAAAACCACCUCCAUGAUAAACAUAAUAAUAAACAGUACCAUGGAAAAGUAAUGUUCAGCAGGGUUGUCAAAAGUAGCUGGCUGCUGGUGAAAAUCACCGCCUACUUGGUUAGUUUCGGCCAUCUACUCUGCUUGGCAUUUCUUUACGGAUGGCGUUUUUUAAAUAAAAUAUCCCUGGACUGGCUGCUUACUUUGACAACUCAGUCGUCUACUAUACCAUGGAAAAGUACUGUUCAGUAGGGUUGUCAAAAGUAGCCAAGUACGUAGGUGGCAAAAAUCGCCACCUACUUGGUUAGUAUCAGCCAGUUACUCUGUGUGGUAUUUUUUAACGGAUAGCGCUUUUUAAAUAAAAUAUCAUUUAAAUAGUGUGCUGAUGACAAGGUCAAAAACAAUUUCCCCUUUAGAAAGAAACUUGAAAUUAUAGAAAAUGCAAUGCCCGAUUUCUUUAGUCUUCGAGGUAACGUUACACAAAACUACUUGGUUUUGCACUGGACAGGUCUUCAAAAAUUUUUGCCAAAAAUUGCUGCUUCAUUUAUUCUUGCGCCAUGUGUUUCUAGAAGCAUAAGACAAGAAUGGCAUACCACACAACGUUAUUCGCAUUGGCAGGAAACGAGACAUGGCUGGUCACUUACUUUUGAGCUGUACUGUACCUGUCAAAGAUUUAAGAUUAGACAGUUUGAAGAAAGUGUUUGGUGUCACCUUGACAGAACCUAAGGAAGACUUCCACCCUGGGGUCGUGAUAUUUUGUCGUAUUAACCAGUGUGCAAAGGAAGUAGUAUCCGAUAGUGCAACUGAAGUUUUUUGAGGGGAAUUCAAAUUAUAGAAGAACUCUAAUCAAUUGUACUCAUCCAAAAAAAAUUUUCGGACUAGUUAAAAAAUUAAUGCCUGUUGGGCUAGUACUUGCAAGCUACAGCUAGUCGUAUCAUCACUUUUUGACUACAUACAAAAUUAAAAAACCUUUCUUAACUUUGCAUGACAGGUAUGAUUUACCAAUAGGUAAUACCACAAGCGAUAUUUCAAAAUUGUUAUACGUAAUUUCAGGAGCUGUUGGGCAAGUGAAAUUUGAGACAAUUUUGAAAUAUCAUAAGUAGUAUUUAUACUGAAUAUCACAUACAAAUCAUGCUAUUAUGUAGGUAUUUCAAAUUAAGUAAGUAUUUCAAAUUAAGCUGAAAUACCACUGCUCUAAGCCAAUCAAAUUGCAGAAAUUUCUCAUGUAGUAGUAUCAACUACAGUAAUAUUUUGGUAGAAUAAGAAAAUGGCUUUUCGUGGCAGUGAAACCAGUCAAUUAAAUUGGUGGCCUCCACACUGUACUUAUAGUGGCAUGUGUUAUUACAGUGUGAUAUAUUCUCAAUUCUCUGUUUUUCCCCCGGCAGCUUUCCAAGGAAGCGUGAACGCUCAAAGUAUUCUUCUCAAGGUGAAGAUUCCGUUGAGAGAUCUGAUGGGGACAGACUUACUCUUCAAGUUCCCACCCAGCGAAGAGAAUCAUUCCUUUAUAAAUCAGACAGUGAAUUUGAGCUUGCAUCCAAGUGUGUCACAUCAAGACACCAUUCUUUCAGCGAAGGGUAAGUAACAGGGGCUCUGGUUGCAAAACAGUGGAGAACCAUUCACUUAAACCUGCUUAACCUUCAACUCCCAAGGGUGACCAACAUCAGUGUUCUCCAAAUAGUAUCAUUACAUAAUCAAGAGAAAAGGUUGCGAGAAAUAAUCUAAUGAUCACCUAAGGGAAAAUGCUUUGAUCUUUUAUCAAAUUCUCUUAACUAAUUCUAUAAGGAAAUUAUUUAUGAAGUCAGGAGAAUUUGUUUGUGGAUAUUAGGAGUUAAAGGGUUUAAAAUAGAGUUUGAAUGAACUGAACAUCGCACAUCACAUGUGGCAUCAAAAAUGAUGCAACGUGCCCCAAAAACAUUUUCAUGCUUUCUCCUGAUGUGUCCCCUAUAGAUAAUCGGCAAUAUCAGUCAGUGAAAUAAUCAGAAUGGUCUAGGAUGCUGCCAGUCGUUCAGAAUUUCUCUUUUUUUUGCUUGGCAGACAAUAAUAGAUCAGGAAGAGAUGGAAAAAUCUUUGAUUGUCUGGUAUUUUCGUUACGUAACGGUCUCUACUCAAAGAAAAACCAGUCUUGCAAAACACUUAAGUAUGCAGACACACCAAUACUCUGUUUAUUUCUAAUUUUUGUUUUGCAGAACCAGAGUAGAAGAGUUAGUCACUCCAUUUGCACAGAUCCUUUCAAGUUUGAGAAAUGUUAGGAACAAUUUCAUGUCACUGACAAAUGCUAAAAAAGAGAAGUAAGUUACGUUGUUUUUUAUUUUUAAAUAAAUUUUUUCUCUUGUAGGCCGGGUUCAGACGCCAAACUUUUCAUGAGCCGAAUGUAAUACAUUGAAUUAAGUACGUGAAAAGUUCGGCAUCUGAAUCAAUAAGGAAAGCCAGUUUCUAUUUGGAACGGCUCAACCGUUCUUUUUGCCUAGCCUGGCCAAGAAUUUCGCCAUUGGAGCGACUUUGGAACGGCUUUGAUCAUGUACCUAACCUAAUGCAUAAAUUAUUAUAACGUAUUUUGUAAGCAGUUUGACCGAAAUGAGCAUUUUUCGCCUUUUGAACUUAGUUCAUCUGCAAUUAAGAUCGGUGUCUGAAUCAAUUCAGCCGGUAAUAGUUUGGGUUGGCCUUAAUUCAAAUUAGGUUGGGCUCAUGAAAAGAUCGCCAUCUGAACUGGGCCUUAGUUUUUAUAUUAUUCAAGUGCAUUUUUAUUUUGAAUCGUUAAUCUAGUAGCAAAUCAUUUACUUUGUUAUAGAGUACACAGGGCUGUCACUAGCAUUUCAAGGUGCUGGGUAUUUAACAAAUCGAUGACAAUAAUUAUUUUCCAUGGUCUAGUAUACUCUUAUCAACCAUGAAAUUGAUGUCAACAUGUUCGAAACUCAAGUGGAACUACAAGUCACAGGGGAGUGGUUUCACUGCAAAGUUUUGAACAUUUUGACAUCAUUUUUAUAGUCAAUAAGAGUAUUAAAGACAGUGGAAAAUUGCUGUCAUUGACAGUUUUUUAAGUCCGUUUGCUUUGAAGGUUUCCAGAAAAUUGUUUGUAUGAGAAAGAGAAAAACAAAAUUGCACCACCAUCGUGCCAUUUCCAUUUUCUGUACUCUGAUUGAAUAUAGGUCUCGACCAAUCAGCAUGCUCCUGGCCCUUAGUGACAGUCCUGGCCCAAAAGUGUGAUUUCUCAAGUAUUAGGAUUUGUGAUAUUAUGGGAUUUGUUGAGAUCAUCUAGUAGAGCAAGAUGGCUCCAUACAAAUCCUUCUAAAUUUGACUUGGACCAUGUACGUUUUGAUCAGAGCCAAUUUUAAAAUGAUUUGCAGGGGUUUCAAUAAGCACCGACGACUGGCGAAAUGUGUCGGCUUCUCUGCUUAGAGAAGUCAGCUUCUUUUUUUUUUUCGAAAGAAGAAGCAAGUAGUUUUAAUAAUGUCGUAAACCAAAUGAUAUAGUCAAAAAAUCUGAAUGAAACGUAAUUAUGAUGUGUUUUCAUAGUCCCACUAGUUUUGUAUUGUGCUUUAGUUAUGUGAAUGCUAUAUUUCAGUCUGCAAUUUUUCACACGUUUCUUCAUAGGUUUAUGCAGAAUUUGUUCAUGUGCAAAUAAUAUAUGUAAUUAAGUUAUCGUCAUUUUGAUCAUUGAUGUGUGGCUGAUAACACUUAAACAGAAGCAAAGUUUCCCUUAGUGAAAAACACACUCUUUUCCGUACUCAGUUUGGUCCAAUCGAAUUGUAGGGCUUUGAAAUUUCAAAAUAUUCUGGAGGAGUACGACCCCAUACCCCUCCCCCCUCUAGAGCAAAGGGGUUCAUCGGGUUGGUUACUCUUUUUAAAACUGCUGGGUACUUCAAUUGUUAUUGAAACCCCUGGAUUUGUCCUCAGUCAUUAGAGUGCAACAGUGCUAAUUUUCACUAGACCAAUUUGCACUGCAUGUCACACGAUGAUUUUUUGGGGGGAUUUCUCUCAUUUAAAAAAUUUAAUUUUUGUGAUGUCAUUGUUCUACGGUGUACUGCAGUAAUAUUGAUGUCAAUCAGUACACUGAAAUAUUAAUCAGCUCUACAUUUCACUGGCCUUCAUUGUUGGGAGUGUGCAAGAAGUGAGAAUUUUCCUUGCUUAAGAUUUAGUAGAAGUAUUUGUUCAGUUCUUAAGAUCCUAUUGCAGAUGCUUACAAUCCAUGGCUGUUCAUUUAGUAUUUUUUUAAAAAUUGUUUCUUGAUUCUAUUUUAUUCUAGAAGAAGAGGAUCAGUGGGGUCGCACAUUUUACGCAACAACAAUCUAGCACAGGAAAUCCAGAAUGGCUCUGGCUUGUCUGGCUCAGGUAUUGUUGUGAGUGUAGAGCUGUCAUAAAGGGCGGAGGCCAGCAGGGGUCAGGGAUUUUCCCCUGCUGUUAAGAGCCUAACCUGUGCUUACUUUUACUCCUUUUAUAGGAAACAGAAGGAAAAUGCUGAACUUAAGAUUUUCCUUGCUGUUUCCCCUCCUACUAAUGACAUUUACCUGGAAAGUUUAAAUGCAGUUAAAUGCAAUUUAACCCUUUAAGCCCCAGUAUCCACAUUCAAGUUCUCCAAACUGAUCUGCAUACAUUUCCUGAAAGAAUGAGUUGAGAGAAUUUGAUAAAAGAUCAGGUUUUUUUUCCUUGGGUGAUCCCUUUAUUAAUUCUCAUAACCUAUCUGUUGACAGUGUAUGGAUAUUGUUAGGAGAAAAUUUAUCUUGGUCACUAUUGGCACUUAAAGGGUUAAUGGAGAUAACAACAAGUAGUGCUAGUGUUAUCUUGCUCAUGCUCCAUGAAGGUUCCCACAUGCUCUUGGAGUUUUGUGUGUUACAGUAUGUUCAACUGUGUUAAAGCAUUGUGGCGUUUUAGUGUUUUGGGGCAGUUUUAUUAAGCAUUUAUUCUGUGGAGUUUCACAAUCAUGGGGACUCAGUAUAUAGUGGUCCCCCCCCCCCCCUUCCUUUCCUCUUUCCACUGACUUGCUCAGUGUGACGGGUGCCUGCUUUUUGGGGGGGCUCAUGGCUGGGUUGCCAAGAGUUGCCAGCCAUAAGAGUGGUCUCCUUCCCCAGCUUGUAGGAGCUGGCUACCAGUAGUUCAAUAAAAGCUCCUGGAUAUCUCAGGUACCCUGGUCUCACUUCACAGCGUAGUUGUUAAAUCCUUGGUUACAGCCCUUACUGUGAGGCUACUGGACAGGUUUUUUUUUUCAUGCCCUGGAGAAGCCAUGGCUGAAGGACUGCAAAGAAUUAUAAUAACAUUAUUGUAACAAUGAUAAAUAUCAUAAUAUUAUCAUAUUCCUUGUGGCGUUAAUAAACUCUCAAGAAUACUGACUUUUUUAUCAUCAUCACAUAGAAAAUAAUAUUAUUUUCAGUUAUUGUGAUUUAUUAGAUGUCUUAUUUUUGUCUUACCGGAAAUAUACAUUUUUUUUAAGGUUCCCUCAGCAUACCAAGGGAUGAUAGCUACCAAAAGGUAAGAGGAUAGCAUGGGACCAUUCUCCACAGUGGGGGGUAAAAGGCAAAAAAAAAAUCAGAGAGGACUUUUAAAAAAAAGGAGAAAUCAGUUUUUACUUGUGAAAUAAAUUAAUGUAGGGAUAAAAAAGCAACAUCAAUUCUACCCUGGCUAGUUUAUUUUAUGCAGCAAUUCCAGAGAAACAGUCAGUCACAAAAACAAAAGUUGAAUAAUUAACAAUUAUUCCUGGAGCCCGAAUGAGCUCUGAGUUCGGCCUCAUGGGCUAUUGACUCAGAGUCCAUGAGGGCGAGAGGAAUAGUAAUAUUGUUUUAGUAAAAUGUAACUGGUUUGUCAAAAAUAUUGAGACAAAACAACUUAAGCUAGAAAAACACAAUUCAGCAGCCAUUGUUUUGGUUUUUAAAGCCGGUGCUUCUCGCUACUAGUGGGCUAUAACAUAUAGCCUAGUAAUAGCUCAACCAAUUAGAACGCAGCGUUGGUAAUAGACCACUAGUUGGAUUUUACUACUAAUGAUAAGCUUUUCGAAAAACUAUCAACAAAUUUUCACUUAAACUACUGGAUGAAGAUGUGCAUUCAAAACUGAACAUUUAUUUUUUUAAAAAAUCUUCAAAGGGGCUAUGGAUUGCAAGCUAGCUUACUUACAGCUAUUUCGAGAAAGGUUGUUGGGAAAAGUGCACGCGACAAUCCUGUAAGGCAUUGUGGGUGCUUCUGAGUUCUCUUUUUUUUAAAGAAAUUUGAAAGAAUUUGCACAAAAGGCCAUGGAAAUGUGUUUGCAAGUGCUAAAGGAAAGCAACAAAAGUAGCUUCGACAGCUACAGUCGUCAGGAACAGUGUAUUGAUCAUAUCCCAUAUUAGGGACAGACCAUUAGAAAAGUUAUGGGGGGGUGGGGAAUUUUUGAGCUGCAGCAGUUUUUUUUCGUUUUCAAAUUCCUUGUAUGAAUUUUUUCUAGGCCGUAGCAUGAAUGUUUUUUAGGGUUAAUUGGCGGGCAUGAAUUUUUUUUCACUAAAUUUUUCCUUGCACGAAUAUUUUUUUUCUAGUUUGCCUGCCCCCCCAUAAGUUUUCUAAUGGUCCAUCCCUUAUCGGGAUUCUCACCUGCACAUUUUUUUCCACAACCUUUCUUGAAAUAGCUGUAUACUCGGUUUGCAGAGGCUAAUCGUUUAGGGGAUUUUUUUUCCCACAGCUCGCUAAUAAUACUCUGGAUGAACUUGACUGGGUGCUUUAUCAGCUUGAGACAUUACAGACACACACUUCUGUCAGUGAAAUGGCAUCUAAUAAGUUCAAGAGAUUAUUGAAUAGAGAACUCAAAGAUUUUUCGGAGAGCAAUCAAUCAGGGAAUCAAGUUUCUGCUUGGGUUUACAACACUUUUACAGGUAAUGAUUAUUUUUAUAGGGAAGAUCGUUCUUGUUAUCUAGUGUGAUUAUUGCACGUGGUUGCAGAAAGAACCACAUGUAAUUGCUGUCUUUCUCAUUUUGAAUCUGGUCAUCUUAACACCCACCUUUACUGAAACCCCAAUUUGACAAACUAGACUUUCUAGAAGUCCUUUAUUUUUUUUUUUUCGUGGUUUAUGCCAUUUUAAAGGACUUUUCAUACCUGUUUGGCAUGAAAUUCACCCGUUGAAAAUUCUACUGGUGACAUCAUGACCAUUGAUAAUAGGACAGUGAGUGAUAUUACACACUGCUCCUGACACAACAUGUGUCAAUCAUUUUUUCCCUGCGUGAAUUUAUAAUAUGAUUCAAAUCCACUCAGGUGAAACAAGUCGACCUCCAGACUUCGUUGCUCCCUUGGUCACUGCACGACCUCAUGCGUUGAAGCUCGCUUUGCUCACUUUUAAGAAGUUAUGAGAGGUCGACUUGUAGCAAGUCUAAGGUAUAACUAGUCUGCGAGUGAGUUGCAAGCGAGGCAAGUGGCUAGAGAAGAAGAGAGCAAGUGGUGGAGUCAUGAGGGGUGUCCCUCUCUCUAGCCAGAGACAGCAGCAGGGGCUCAACUCCGGUGACAACUCCAGAGCUUCCCACUGAUCGUGCUUGCCAGUUACCCUCUCUCUCUCUUGCAUCUUCUUAUACAUGCCAGUCACAUGAGACUGCUCACAAUAUCCCCCAAAUGGAGAGCCUGUUUGUAGGCUAAAGCUGGUUAUAGUAAUGUUAAGGGAACAGGGGGUCAUUUUUCAAAAAACGCAGAAAAUUUUCAGGUCGUGAUGCAAAUUUCCAAAUCAAAACCUGUUGAAUAGUAGCACAGUUCCUAGCCCACAAGCCAGUCAAUUUUCCUCCAUUUACUGAUAGUUUCAUUGUAUUAUUUUCAAAAUUAUUAAAACUUUGAUCUUGAAUGCAAACACAGCACACACAAAACAGCUUUCUGGGCCCGAAAAGUUACCAGGACUUUAGAGAAACAGGCCCCAGGUCGCAGAUAUAAUGUACCCUCUAUCUAGAAGAGAAUAAAAUGGACGAGCUCCCCUCCUCCAGAAAAGAAUAGGAAGAAACCGUGCAAAGGCCAAAAAGUACCAUUUUCUUAUCUACAUUCAUCCUCCGGUGUAACUUCUCAUGCAGACUGUUUAAGGGAUUUUUCACGCGUUCCUGAGGAAUGCUUGACAAAGCCCUUAGAACCUCUGAGUAGUAGGCUUCUUUCAGUGAGAUGUCACACAUUCUCAGCCUUUCAAAGUACUGGUUUCCUACAUCGUUUUAGUGUAAGAGAGGUUUAUAACUACCCCCCUUUUGAAUCUGUAGACAAAAUCAUGUGGUGUUACCAUUAAACUCUUUAAUCCCCAAUAUCCACACAAAAUUCUCCACACUGAUAUCCAUAUAUUGCUUAAAGAAUGAUUUGAAAGAAUUUGUGUAGAGAUCAAAGCAUUUCCCUUUAGAUGAUCAUUUUAUUCUUUCUCAUAAACAAAUCUCUUGAUUACAUAUAAAUAAUGUUGGGAGAAAAUUGAUGUUGGUCACUCCUGGGGCAUAAAGGGUUAAAUAAAACCUCUCUGGCAGAACUUUUGCCUAAUAUUAUUUAUUUCUUAGAAUUUAACUGCAAGAAAUUUUUGUUUGGCAACUAAGGGAGGCAGGAGGCUGUGUGGCCGAGCAGUUAGAGUGUUGGAAUUGUAAUCUGGAGGCCCCAAUUUCGAUCCCCGCCCUAACCGCUAGCUGGAUUUGUUCUCAGUAGUCCCGAGUUCGUCUUCUCGGCCGGACAUGUAAAUAGCCAACUGGUUCACCUCCUGCCUGAUUAUUUCAAAUAUUAUGUUGUGUCUGUCCUUAUCAAUAAUUGGGUUAUGCCCAUAAAGCCAAUAUAAAGUCGCUAAGGGCCUGUUUACAUGGAGGUGGGGGACCCAGGUAGGUGAGGUACAGGGUAACCCGCUUAGGUGGGGUAACCUGCCUGUCCAUAUAAUCUCUCAUUUUGCGUGAGUACGUUUACAUGUCAAAUGGGGCAACCAGCCACAUGUUACCUCUCCUACCCAGGGUCCCCCACCUUCAUGUAAACAGGCCUUAAGCGUGGUUUAAAGAACGUCUUUGCACAUUGCAAAAACUCCAGAUUUUGUUAACGGAAACGGCUAACUGAGUUCAGGGCGUAGGCUUGCAUGCAGUUACUGCUCUAAGAGUUUUGCACAUAAGUGAGAGGAGACCCAGCAGUUAUCAUUCCGGCAUUUAUUAUUCCUUAAUUUAAUCCUGUAUGAUUUACAGACAAGCAGCUCGAGGUGGACGCUGUCGCUGGUACAAAGUGUAAAAGAGAAGGGAUCCGUGCAAGGUCACGGUCCAUGGUUAAUGGUGUUCGAAAACUCACGAGACUACACAGUUUUAGUGGGUCAGUACCGAGGUAUGUGGGAAUUCUUAAGGUUGGAGGAGGGGUGGGGGGGUGGUUUGGGAAUUCUUGGGUCCAUAGUUACAAACUAUACUACCGGUGACAGGUGAUAACUCUUAAGUUGCAAAGAGAGGGGAGGAAGGGGAGGAAGAGGCAGCUGGCUCGAUAGUGGUGGGCAGGCUAAUCAAGGUUCGCCAGGAUUAUGGUCUUUUUGUGGCCAUGAAUAAAACGUCAUGAAUAUUUCAAGCUUCCGCGAUACGCUUAAAGGACGUGGAAUAUACAGCCAUUUUUUCUUCUAGUGAUAUGAUAAAUAGUGAAAUAAAUGUUUGUUUGCACAUUGUUGAAGUUUUGGCCAGUAUGAGUUACCCUGACCAUAAUUCUUGGGAUGACGUUCAAAGUUAUGGAAAGGUUAAAGUAAUUUCAGUUGUCAUUUUUUACGUGUAAGUUGAAACUAUUUUUUUGUCUUUUGGUUAAAGAUUUGGAGUGGAAGUUUCAAAUGAAGGGGAAUUAGCAAAGGUGAGUUAAAGGUAGUGUACAAAAAGCCGUAUGUAUCAAAAUUCCAUUGAGAGGCAUGUCACCGUUCCCAGGUAGACAGGAUGUUGGUAUUGAAACUGAACUACGCUUAGGUCUCUUUGCAUUAAUACAGGCAUUCAACCAAAUGUACAACUUGGGUAUUUCCGCCGAUAAAUCUUCCAAGCUCUCAAUGACAUUUGGUAGUCUCUUGCGUGACGCGAGUAAUUGCUGGGAGAUUGUGUGACUUAAGAGGAGUCAGUGUUUCGACUUAUCUUACUCAAAGCGACAAUGGAAACAAUUAAUUUCUGGAUAUGUAGUUUAGCGUAGUUGUAGCAAUAUUACUGGUCGUAAUAGCUUUAAUAUUAUAACCUUAUUCUUCAGAUUUUAGAAGAAAUCAACAAAUGGACAUUUGAUGUUUUCAAAUUACAUGAUAUUACCCAAGGGCAUCCCUUGCUUGCUGUAACAUACACAAUCCUGCAGGUAAGAUCUUUUCUAACGAAACGACAGUUUGAUCUUCUUUAAACGUCUACCUUUUCGUAUGGGGGGCGGGGCGGGGACCAGGAAGCUUCAGUGCUGCGGAAAGAACCCCACCCUUUCCCUCACCACCAUCACUACCAACGUGGCGCGGGGUAUCCCAGAAGCGAAGCUAUUAAUUUGUGGGUCUAGUUUGUUGUUCUUAUCUUCCUUGCUUCCUCCGAAUCAUUCAGUGCAGGAGAAAACCAACGUGUGAAUAAAUUUUUUUCUAAGAAUUUACCGCCAUCUUGGGUUCGGGGAACCAAGAGAAGCUUUAUGGCCGAUAAGUGCGCAUUAUCGUCAAAUGCGACCUCUACAUCGUUUCUAACUGAGAGAAAAAGAAGAACUAAAACCAAAACAAGUCAAAACAACAUUUGCUGUAUACUCACUCUCAACUGUUCAUGGUAACGUGAAUCUAACCUUUUCAUCUCCAUACUUUCUACUUACAUUGAAAACACCAUUUUCCAGAAAUCAGAUAGCCUAUUGUGCUAUAUGUUCAAUAGGCCAGUUUUUAAAUUUCAAAAUUUAUACUUGCCUUCAAGGCUUGGGAGAGUAAAACAAAAGAAAUAAUUUAAAUAAUCCUUGAAUAUCUUGCGAUUGCUUAUGUUUUAUACUCCUCAGCCUUGGAGCAGAGUGUGAUAGAUGAUCAUUCGAAACUGGCCUAUUGCGCUCUUGCACCAACCUUUAUUUGUUGCAAGACAGUUUUGAUGUGUGGGUGGUAAAACGCGCAACAUCGCUAUUCAACUCGCUUUACAGCAGUGUUACAAAACGAGUUGCAUGUUCUUGUUGCCUGUUUCACCGUAGCUUUUCGCUCUAUUGCUUUGAUACUUAGAACGUUUUCGUUUUUGCUUCAUUUCAGGCCAGAGAUUUAUUAAAAAUAUUCAAGAUAAAACCCACUACGUUUAUUAAUUAUAUGUCUUCAGUUGAGGUGAGAUAACAUACUUCUCUGUUUUUGCUUGAUCGUGAAAAAGCAAAGUUUUAAGUUACUGAUUUCCUAAUUCAUUUUCUUUAGAGUCACUAUCUAAAAGAUGUGCCUUUCCACAAUUGUACGCACGCUGCUGACGUCACGCAAACGUCUCACGUUCUUCUCUCUGCACAAGCUUUUGAAGUAAGUACACAUCUUGUUUUUCUUUAGCCUUGUAUCGACGAAUUCACCAUGACUUCAUUGUAUACAUGUAUAUUUUAGCAUGAUUCAUUGGCCUCUCCAUAUAAAACAGCAAGACUGGGAGCAAGCUUUCGGCGCUGAGAUUUCUGGGAUCUUUGUGGUGAAUAAGAUAAUCAGUGAUUGGUCGUCUUUGGAUACCAUAGACCGAUCAUUACUAACCCGUCGUCAACCAAAACGAUCUCGAAAAUUAUUGCGCGGAAACCCUGUACGUUGUACCCAUUCUCUUCGUAGUUUACAAAGUGGCGAAUAGCUGUUAUUAUAGUUGAGGUUGCGAUGUCGGUCAAGUAUUGUUUUGUUUUGAAGGCACGCAGACGAAAUUAAUGGGUUAAUCCAAUGCAAAAUGACUCUUUAGUCUCGUUUCUACAUGCUUCGAACCGCUGAUAAGUAAUGGUAACAGGACUGAGUGGAGUCCAAUUCGGUGCGUAAUCAUGCGAGUGAUUAACAAAAUCGGACGACCGCGUAGCGUGAGUCCGAUUUGUUUAAUCACGAGUAUGAUAACAGGCCGAAUUUGACGACACGAAGUUCUGUUACCAAUUAAUCAUAACUUUAACAAAACUUGUGACAAAAGGCUCUUUUUUGAAAAUCAAAGCACAAGAAAUUCCAAGUUUUUUUUUUGCUGGCAGUGGAAAAAAAGAGCCAUUUAAGCUGUCCAAUUACUUACAGUCUCAGACAAAAAUAGUUGGGACACUUUAACCAAACGCUGUUUUUUCCCUUCUCGUGCUCCCCUCGUCCCUCUCAAAGUUGUUUAUCGCGGUUUGGUCACCAAAUCUUGUACACCAACAUUGAGGGGACAAGGAGACCCCAAAGUGUCCCAACCAUUUUGACUGAGACUGUAGGCAUGACGCGUACUGUCCUAUUAAACUGUCCUAUUAAGGCUGAAAUCAGGACAGUUGAGAGCCAAUCAGAUUUGAGAAUUUUGUUAUAGUUAUGAUUAAUGUACUGCAAUAACAGCUUUUUACGUAAAGAAAUUGAUACGACUACAGCUACCAGAAUCCUUCAGCCUUUUCCGUCGUGCAAAUUACGUCUGUUGUUGAAACCUCACUUUUAUUACUAAAUUUGAACAAGAAAGCAAACACGAAAUGAAUUUUGUUAAUUCUCAGAUCAACUCCAGUGAGUCUAACAUUCCUUUCUAGAGUUUUAAAAACAGUUUCAAACAGAAUUUGUGAGAGUGUCUGAUACCUCGCACCAAAAGUUAAGGCUUGAAAACUCAUCCUAAAGCAUCCCAUUGUCUUAGAGUCUUGUAAACAUGUCCUUUUUUGCAAACUCAAGUUAAACUGCUGAAUGUGAUCAUGAGUAAUUUUUGAUGAUUUCUUUAUUCUUCAGUCCGUCUUUACUGAUCUCGAAGUUCUCGCCGCUAUUUUGGCUAGUGCUGUUCACGAUGUUGAUCAUCCGGGAGUCAACAAUCACUUCUUAGUGGCAACAAGUAAGUACAUCAAAUCAAAGACGCACCUUGUUCUCUACACGAGUGUUCAUGGCUCGUUCACGCAUGCGAUUUAGCGUAAUCUGUAACGCGAUUUUAGCGCGUGUGACCAACAUAAGCCGCGAGUUCGUGACGAUUGGUCGCCGCAAAAUCGUUGUUGGUUUGAACCAGCUCGAAUUUUGCGGGGAUCUAUCGUUAAUGUUCUGCGCGAGUGUUUACCAAGUUUAUGAUCUACUUUGGAACAGUUCAAUUUCUUUGAAUAAAUUGCGCACGGAGAGCUUUUCCUUUCCCUGCUGUGUGGUUGAAAGCGAUUGCACUGGUUUAAUUUUUGCUUCUGAUUGUGCUUUUGUACUACUUUUUUGCUAUAACGUUGUUAAGUAUUUUUUUGGUUUUGUUUUAUUUGUCUAUUUGUUUGUUUGUUUGUUUUUGAUCGUAGAAAGAGUUCUUCAUUCGUUACUUGCUUAUCCGAUAAUAAAUGACUCACCUUUUUAGAUUCUGAAAUGGCACUGAUGUACAAUGACGAGUCUGUUCUUGAAAAUCACCAUCUAGCGGUAGCGUUUCAACUUCUACAACACGAAGAUUGCGACAUUCUUGAAAAUCUUUCGAAAAAGGAACGACAGACCGUACGGAGAAUGAUUAUUGAAAUGGUAAGUUUGUGAUAUUAAGACAGAAAUUUCCUGGCUUUAGUUUCAUUUCGCCUGGUUGUUGAUGAAAUCCUGAUGAAGCCUUUACCCCUGUAUUGAGCGGACCCCAUAUAAGAGGGUAAGAGCGUCGGCGAGUCCGUUCCCUUCGCAUAUUAGGGACUUAAAGAUCCAAUUACGCCAUCGCAACGAGAACGUGAAAAAAAAGGUUUAAUAGACCUUUCCCACAUUACGCUCCAGUGAGCAAACAUUAAGAAAUGAGGUCGAAGCUUGGGUGGACAACUUCAUAUAAAUCACUGUAUUCUGUCCACCGGAGCUUCGAGGUGGUGCCUUUGUUUACAGGAAUGCGGGAAAGGUCUAUAAGCAAAACAACAACUUUGCACGUGCAUCACACUUUUUUGCCAUUUUUCCACGACUACGACGUGAAAAUGCCUAAUUUCGCGUUUUGUGGAAAACGUAAACAAGGAACGACGAAAUUUUUUUAUUUCUGUUUCUGAUCUUGGAUAUGGUCCCUUGGAAUUCAAUUUCAGGAGGGGUCGCCGACAUUUGGCAAAGUAAGUGGGUUGGAAUAAUCGCGAUAAAGACUGAAGGAACGCAAAUUCACUUUUUAAGCGACGUUCUUGUUGCCGUCGUUGGAUCUUAAAGUCCCUAUUCUCUGUAAAGGUAAUGUUACACGGGACGAUUCGCAACAACGGUUUUUAGCGCAACACAGCAUUACAACAUUGUUGCAACAUUGCGUCAAAUGGUUGCAACAUUGUUCCAACACUGCAACGCUGUGUUGCGCUGAAAAUCGCUAGUUGCGAACCGUCUCGUGUAACAUCACCUUAAAACGAACCGGCUCCGCCCCAUGUAAGGGAAUCCAAUACAGUCUUGGAUUCUGGAUUCGACGCAGUGGAUCCCGGAUUCCAGGUACUGGAUUCCAAUCUGUGUCAGUGGAACUUGGAUUCUGGAUUGAAAUCUUUAUAAGGAUUCCGGGUUCCAGGUACUGGAUUCCGGAUUUUUUGUCAGUAGAACUUGGAUUCCGAAUUUCAGUCGUUAGCAUGAUUCUUCAAAGCCAGGAUUCCUGAUUCCGCAAGCAAAAAUUUCCCGGAUUCCAGAAUCUGGACUCCCUUACAUAAAGCGACUGGCUGUAAUGAGUAGGGUGGCAACGAUGCAUUUUCUCACGAAAUGAAAUACAUCGCGACACGUUGAAGCGAGAAGAACGCGAAUCGGGGAUGUGUUGCUUUUUUUUUCAUUUGUUUCCGUCUUAAAUCGCCUUACACAGGCUGAAAUGCAAGGCUUGGCUAAGGGAUUUAUAUUAACAGGCAGUGAUUUCGUAAAUUUUUUGCACAUGUCGCUUGUCUUUAUGUAUCGUAACAUCGCGAUGUCUUGUUCAAAUAUUGAUAUUCGUAUCGGGGGAAGAAACAUCGCGGUUCACCUAUGCAUCUAUGUAUUGUUGAAGCCCUAGUAUUCAUAUUGUUAAUUUAUUAUCAGAGUAGUGGUGAAGAGCGUUUAUUUAGGGGGAGGUUGUUCAGUGUUGAUUUGCAAUAAAUGAUGCACAUGUGUCAACCUCUACGCACUCCUCGUUCAACUAGAAGGAUGAAACUCACCCUCAGUAUGGCUGGGGAGUCAAACAGAUGUUAGGCAGCCUCAGCUGGUGGUCAGAGUGUGAUCGCCGGAUUGCGAGUCCGACGCGAUGAAAACAACUGCCACGCUGACCCACCCCUCCCCUCCCACCCCUUUGUGCGUCAUACUGGACUAAGCAACGGGAACUAACAAAUCGCAAUUGCUCUGUAGUGUUUCUAAUAAAACACAUAUCGCUUCUUCUAUUUUGAACAGGUUCUUGCAACCGAUAACGCAAAACAUAUGAGCCUGCUGGCUUCUCUUAAAACCAUGGUUGAAAGUAAGAAGGUUGCAGGCAGCGGAGUACUGUGUUUGGAUAAUGGAACGGAUAGAAUGCAGGUUGGUCUUAGUAAAUAAGUGUCAGUGAGUUUGUUACCUCCGCGUCCUGUGUAGGUUUUAAAGGUAAUGUUACACGGUACGAUUUGCAAAGACGAUUUUUAGCGUUACAAUGUUGGAACAAUGUUUUAACUAUUCAAAACAGUGUCAAAACAGUGUUGCAACGCAGUGUUGUGCUACUAAAUCGUUGUUGCGAAUCGUCUCGUCGAACAUCGCCUUAAAACCCAAGCUUCGCGUUCACACGGUGAUGUUCCACCUACGUUGCAGUCAACGAAUAAUUUCAAAUCAUUUGCUAAUUUCAAUUUUGUUGCAUUCGUGUCCUAAUCAGGUUUUAAAGUGUCUUGUGCACUGUGCCGAUCUAAGCAAUCCAGCCAAGCCUCUUCCAAUGUACAGAAAAUGGGUAGACAGGCUGAUGGAAGAAUUCUUUAGACAGGUGCGUCUCCCCGAGAACUUCUUAUCCUUCAACUCGCAGUCUCCUUUCAGUUUUAGAGCUAAAACUAAUGAAUGCUUCUAGAAAUGCAGUCAAAACACGCUUUACGGCCACCCACUUCACACUGACACCUCAUGAUUACGGACAGUUUGCUUUGUCCGUGGGGAAGAAAAGUUAUUUGCAUAUUCUCUUAAUCCAUCCCGCUUAAAACGGACACCCUGUUAAUACGGAGAUUUUCUAUACCCCUCAGUGUCUGUAUUAAAGAGGUUUGUCGACAGUAAAAUGUCAGCUGGAUUAAACUUCCCUUCGUUCCUGCCACUAGUUGUCAUUUGAAUGCUCAGUGUGGUUGGUUUCAUCUUGUAUAGCGUGUCACUUGAAUGGUCGCUCUUGAGGGUCUCGUCUUGUUAGCGCGAUAAAAUACCACACAAAAGUACUGCUUUGUUACUGCAUGUAGCACCUGUUAAUCUCAUCAACAAUAGAUGAGGUUGAGUGUAGGCAGGACUCGAAAGUAGUCUCUUACGGUAGUGAGAUUUGAGAUUUUAUUUGUUUUCCGUAAACCCUUUCUUACAUUAGGGCGACAGAGAGAGAGACAUCGACGGCAUGGAAAUAAGUCCGAUGAUGGAUAGACAUAACGCAUCAAUAGAAAAGUCGCAGGUAUAUUUUGCUGAAUUCAAAAAGAGACCGGGGGACACUUACUAUUAACACAAUCCACCCGGGUGGAAAUCUUGUGCAUCAACAUAAACCUUUAAAAUUUGACGUGGUGGGAGAACGACCCGCUACAGAGACAGAGUAUAUCCAAAUCAGCCCAACAGACUAAAAAGCGUGGUAAAAUUGCGCUUGGCCCAGAUUUUCUGAAGUUUCGGAAACGGAAUGGCGCGAUUCAUUUGUUUCUCCAACCGAAAUUUCCCAUAAUAAAUGGUAAGCACCCCGGUGUUCCAUGAAAAGUUCUUUAAAGCUUGAGAGUAACUGCCAAAUGUCAACCAAAUCAUGGAAAAAGUUGACGUCGCGCAAAGACAGAGGCGCGGCGGCUUAGCUGUUUUGUAUGCCAGCGGUGUUGAGCACUUUUUGAAUACGCAAAGAUAUUCCUAAGGAUGUUUUGAGCUAGGAAAUAUUUUUUAAAAGAAAUAAUAAAACAAUUAUUAAAUUCGGCUCUUGUAUUAUAUGAAGACAACACCUUUGUCGUAGUCCUGCGAACAAGGGCACCGAGUCGAGUCCCAGGUGUUGUUUAAAAUUGUCCACCAUUGUGUGUCCUCACUUGAGCUGAAUGCGGGUAAGAUUUUUUUAAUUAGUCCUCUCCCUUAUUGGGCUUUUCUCAGGGGUAAUGAAACAAAUAAUUCAAAUGGAACAUAACAAGUUUAAGAAUCCCUGUUGGCAGAAGGCGAACCAGUUGCCUAGCCGAGGAUUUGAACUCGGAACUAGCAAGAAAAAAAUCCGGAUAAAUGUCCGGGCGGGACUUAAACCUCGUAGCCUCCAGAUUACAGGUCCAGCGCUCUAACCGCUCGGCCACGCUGCCUCCACGAUUUAAAGGCCUCCUUUAUUUCUCCUUCCCCAGGUUGUAUUUAUCGACUUUGUUAUUCAACCGCUGUGGGAGACUUGGGGCGACCUCGUUCAUCCAGACGCGACGGAGAUCCUGGAGCGGAUUGAGGAUAACAGAUACUGGUACAACGCGCAGGUGCCCAAAAACGAGCAGGAGAGAAAGCCUGGAGAGCAGAGCUCCACUGGGCGGGAAAAACGUGUCAGUUGGCAGGGAACAAGAAAGGAGGCUAUUGACCAAUCAGAACCCGAGACGUCUGGUGAGUGAGUUAAAAGGCGUUUGCUCAAAAUCGAAAAAAGUGCAGGUUUUAGGGGGAUUGUUUUUCGUAUAACCGCCGCAGGGCAGUUUCAUGUGAGUAUUUUCUGUAGUUAAAUCGCAGUCAUUUUGUUCUCUCCAUUUCUUCGACCGUCUGUAAGAAAAAUAAUCCCGCCACUUUUUCAGCCAAUCAUAUGCAGGGAUUUUCCCGCGCUUGGCGCCCCCCAUAUGUGCUAUGUUUUGAUUUUUGAUUGGGGCCAAAAAUGUCGUUCUUUGUACACUGGAAUCAAGAUUUUUUAAAACCCAAUUGAAAUUGUUUCGAAUUAAGGGAGCGUUACGAAAAUUCGGGAGUAAAAUGGAUGGAUUCAUUUGGCUGGGAAAAGAAGCCAGUUUUGGUUUCAAUAGUUUUAAGAAACCGAGGUUUCAAAGAGCUGUGUUGGGAUUCCUCUUAAAUCAUUUUUUGGUUGUCUGGACUUGCAGUGAACUUUAACAUGAAUAAUUCUGUUGCGCAGAUGACGACAGCGAGCGAAGGAUGCAGAAACUAAGAGAGGUGGCUGCCAGCAGUGUGAAGACCGCUGACCUGUCCAAAUACGCCAGCAGUAGCCGGAGCUGCGAAGCAGACGAUGAAUUUGAUGACGAAGAAGAAAAAGGUAGAGGAGAGGAACCCGACCCUUCUACCCAGCAGAUAGAAGAAGAAGACGAAGUAGACGAGGAGGAAGAUAAGGAUCAGUCUUGAAAAUUAAAAGGUGAAAACUGCAGGGAAGAUUUCCGUCUGAAGUGAGCAGGCGAGGUGUUUUUCAAGUGCAGAAGAAACGGAGAAGCAUUGUGGUUGGCAGAAAAAGGAAAUCAGAGCAACUAAGCGAGACUUUCUUGCAUUUAAGACGGACUGGCUUGAUGUCCAUAAUUUGUCAUCUGAGGAAAGAUAAUGGAAAAUUUGAGCGAGCCUUUUUGAAACGCGGGUAAAGUUAGGGAAACGUGUGACUGACUUCUCAACUGCGAAAAUGCUGAUUGUUCGCGAAAGUUGUGUUACUGCAAAGGAGAAUUAGCAACGUUACAAGGAUUUGGAGAAAAAACUGCGAUUAUAAUGAGGUUCUAAUAUUCGUGCGAAAAAAGAAGCUAGGAAGAAGUGAUAGCGGUAAUGCGGAGCAAAUUUGACACCUAGAUAAUUUCACUGGACCAGCAAACAUCAAUGGAAGUGACGGAAAAGAGUUUUCUUUGUUGUGGAGGUGUUUAACGUACGCUUCUCUCAUCGGAGUAAAUUGUGAACGUUUGGGGCACGAUGGGUGCUUUUUAACAAGACGGAAAGGAGACAUGAAAGCUUAAAGGCGGCUUCAAUCAUCGCGUCUUCUCUUCUAUUGAAUUCGAGAAGCGCGCUGUUUUAAAUUAUUUAUUUUAACUUUUCCUGAAGCUUUUAAUGGUUGUCGAUUCGAAUUUUUGACGUAAUCACUUGGACAGUUUUAAUGACAGUUUCUUUUUUACUGCAUUUUCCAAGAAAUUUUUACCGUUUCUACGAUACAAGACUUCAAUCGACUCAAAGGCAACUGAUUUAAUAGUUGCUCAGUGACGAGAUGACUGUCGUUACCCCAAACUAAUAUGGUUUAUAUCUGGUUUAAUAAGUCUCCGUUUUUUGCCUGUGGAAAAAAAUCUUCAAGCGCACCUUCGGCUGUUGGAUGGGCCAUCAGUUGGGCGACGUUUGUAAUAAUCAAACAAACCAUGUCAUGUGCUACGGUCAUAUAACAUGUACAAAAUAUUAACCCGAGUGUCGCGACUUGGUUUGUUUCCAACAAACGUAAUGCACAGUCGCUCUUCAGGCUCAAUUACGCCAACCUGCCAGACCUCAGUCAGUCGGCCAGGUUAAUUUUAACUUAAGUAUGGUAUUUAUUUUACCUGUACAGAAACAACUCACAUUGUCAAUAUUGUUUAUAUUGGUUUUAUAUUUAACCAUGUGCGGACAUCAGAGAGGGCUUUAGGCCCUAGUUAAUACACGGCUGGGUGAAUUCCAUCCCGUUGCGAGCUAAAAUUGUAACAUAGUGCUGUAUAAAUUGUGAAUAGCUAUUAUUCUCCCUGUUCCAUUCCACUCGCCGCAAACCAAUAGACAGAUUAAUAUUAUUAUUUAGUGUACAUUGUGUUAUUAGCGCCGAUUACAUUAAUUAUGGUGGAGAUUUAUUGAAAGAAACAAAAAAUGCAUAGAAUUACGUCAAUG